GGAACUAAUAGAAAUUUUGGCAAUUUCAAGAAACCAGAAGCUUCCACAACCGGGAGAGGAGAGCCAGAUCCUGGAACUGCUGAUUCAGAGAGAUGGAGAGUUUCAAGAGCUAAUGAAGUUGGCAGUCGAUCAGGGGAAAAUCCAUCAUGAAAUGCAGCUUUUAGAAAAGGUAGUAGAAAAGAGGGAUAAUGAUAUUCAGCAGCUGCAGAAACAACUUAAAGAAGCAGAACACAUACUGGCAACAGCUGUUUAUCAAGCAAAGGAAAAGCUGAAAUCAAUUGAAAAGGCAAGAAGAGGUGCCAUUUCCUCUGAAGAAAUAAUUAAAUAUGCCCAUAGGAUCAGUGCUAGCAAUGCUGUUUGUGCUCCUCUGACAUGGGUACCAGGGGACCCACGUAGGCCAUAUCCUACAGAUCUGGAAAUGAGGAGUGGUCUCUUGGGUCAGAUGAACAACCCAUCCACCAAUGGAGUUAAUGGACACUUACCAGGGGAUGCACUUGCAGCGGGCAGACUGCCAGAUGUGCUUGCUCCUCAGUAUCCUUGGCAGUCAAGUGAUAUGUCGAUGAACAUGCUACCUCCUAAUCAUAGUAAUGACUUCAUGUUGGAGCCUCCAGGACACAAUAAAGAGAAUGAAGAUGAUGUAGAAGUUAUGUCAACAGACUCCUCAAGCAGCAGCAGUGACUCAGACUAGGUACAAGAGGGACAGUAUCCCUAGUAGACCUUUCCUGUGGUGAAGGUAGGUUGGAUGCUGUUCUAAAAUGACUGGGAGCUUUCUGCUGGAAGAGAGAUGCCAAAUUUCCAGUGAUUAUGUAAAUGUGUGAAUGUGUACGUUUGCAAGAGAUGUGUGUGUAUAUAUAUGUAUUUACUAUACAUUAGAUGACAAAAAUUCCUGGGAAAAAAGGUGUAAGGGGAAUCCCCUUGUAUGUUUCUUAGUAGCUUUACUCUUUUGAUGAUAGCCUUUUCUAUGGCACAGAAAUGAGGCAUGAGAUUUGUAAUUUUAAAAUCUCUUUUUGUUACUGACUGA